AUGGAAGAAAUGAGAUAUUUGCACGUGCAACCCACAAGCCAAGAUGAAGAGCGAGAUGUAUCAAUUCUGAGCAAACUAACUAAAGAGUUGAUGGACGACAUACUCAAGACAAAGGAAACACAAAGGAACUUUUUUGCGUCCUUGAAGGAGGCCGAUUUGUCUGUUGCAUCGGUGAAACAAAAAAUCCUGGAGCUUGCACCGCACGACGAAAUGUAUAUGACUAUCGUGCAUCUGUAUACACAAUUCCGGAAUGGUAAACCGCUGUCGGCGACAUACAUACAUAAUCCACUUGAGUUCGCAAAGGCCAAUAAGGACUUUUCGUCUUGGCGAGCUUAUGUAAUGAGUUUGCUCAAGGAGUAA